AUGUCACCGAGCACGCCAAACUGCUCGACACGCACUCCGACCUGGGACAAGAACGACACCGUCACUGUCGCUGUCGCCUUCACGCCCGGCUCGGUCUCGCUCUCGGCCUGGGGUCUCACGCCGCAGGGCUACAAGUGGGGCGCCGAGAACCAGGACCUCGGAAGCGACCAGCCGCAGGGCUUCACAACGAGCAUGGGCACUAAGCGCAAGCUGCUCCUCAGUCCCCGUUUCCGCGGCUUCUUCCUCGUGCCGGAGACGGGCAAGUGGAACUACAGCUUCAUGGGCAGCGCCUUUGCGGGCAUGGAAAAGAAGCCCGUGCACGUCAAGCUCGACACGCCGCUGCCGUUCUACAGCGACCAGCACCGUCCCAUCCACUUCCACAGCUUCGCCGAGCUGGAGGACAUCUGGGUGGACCGACAGGACAACUUUGCGUAA